AUGCAGAGUCCGAUAAUUGAUUCCGACACACGCUCGGGGGCAUCAACACCUACUGGACAUCCUCCAUCCUCAAUCUCCACGGAUAUGUAUCCACAGCCCCGUAUGGUCAAACGUCGAAGAGAUCAUGAAACGGAAUCGCAAUCCGAGAACGUUUCAAAUGAUGGUGAUGCUGGUUCCAAUGAGGUUCAACCUUACAAUGUUCAGCCCUACAAUACCAGGAGUAAAGUCCGCGUUGUAGCCCCGAGCUACGGGGACUAUUUACAGAUCCAAGUUCUCGCGGACAAAAACAUGCGGCUUAAACAAGAGCUUCUGAGGAUCCAGAUAGAUCAAAUCAAAGGGUCGAAGGGUUUGCAUUCGGACGACGAAAUUAGUCUGACUGGCGAUGAAGAAACAUUCUAUGAUGCAAAAAUGGAUUCAUCAAGUGAAGACUUACAGCAUCAGUUUGAAAAACUGGCAGAAACUAAGGAGCACCCUCGGCGAGAAAGGCAGGAUGCAGUAAAAAGCCUGCAAGCUGCUCAGACGACGUACGAGGAAGAGCUGGCACAGCUAAAAUUAAAGAUCCAUGAAUUGAGCGAGAGAAACGAGGAACUGGAGCGAGAGAUACAAGAAACGGAAAAGCUUGAAAACGUAAACGACGAUCUCGAAACAGAGAUGUAUGUAAAGGGGGUCUAUGUCCUUGGGGAGGCCCCAAGGCCUUCUAAUGUUCACGUUCUGGAAAGAAAUUUACAGGAGAAGAGUGCACAGGUCAAUUCCACGGAAGAUGAGCUAAAAAGGCUAAGAUCUCAGGUUGACGAAAUGGAAAAGGCCAACUUGCUUCUAGGAGAAGAGAAAAAAACAAGCAUCGAUAUAAUGGAAUCAAAGAUAGCGGAGCUGAAUUCGAAUAUCCACGAAUUUGCGAAGACCACUGAGCUCCUACAGAUGAAGGAGGCAGUCAUCAGCAAUCAGGAAGCAGAGCUCGCUGAGCUUAAGGCGCAGAUCAAUGAUUUGAUGAAGAUUAAUCAGCUCCUGGAAGAGGAAAAAGUAGCAUAUGUCAAGAGCAUGGAAAUAGAGCUGACUAAGGUCAGGUCUCAGCUCGAAAGCUUGCAGAAAGAUAAUGAUUCUCUACAACUCGCAAAUGAAGGCAUACUGAUGCAGCAAGUAUCUUAUGAAGAUAAGCUGCAAUUAGUGCUAGACUCGCACAAUGAUGAAGUCCAUUCGUUAGUGGAGAAUCAUCGACAGGUUGUCUCUGGAUUUGACGCCGAGCGUAUCCUGCUUCAGAGAGAACUCGACCUUGCCAAUGAAACCAUAAAAUCGUUCGAGUUUAAAGAAAAUACUGAUUCAAGAGUGCCACAAGUUGCAGGCGCCGAGCAUCUCGAUAAUUCCAACGACAAUCAUACAUCAUCGUUGCUCUCAGCUAGAGAUGCCGAAUUAAACGACUUGAGGUGUUUGCUGGAGGCCGCAGAGCGGAAACAACUUGCAGAUAUUGAGGAGGUAGGGUCAAUGAAGUCGUCCUACGUGUCCAGAAUCGAGGACCUUCAGACGCAGUUAGAAUCGGAACAGAAUCGAAAUACGGAGCUGGAUAAAAACGCUUCGUCUCUGCAGCAAUCCAACAUCCGUUUGCUGGCUAUCAUUAGCGGGAAAGAGGAGGAGUUAUUGGAACUUAAAGGGCUCUAUGACGAGGAGAAGAAAGUCCGACAAAUGGAACUCUCUGCUUAUCGAACGAAGGUCGAAGAACUGGCAAGCCAGCUUGCAGAAAAGGACAACGACAUCGUCUCAGCUCGAGUGGCUCACGAGCAGGAAAUUCAGCGUCUUUCGUUCGAACACCGUGAAAAGGUGGCAAAACUAGAAGAUGAUUGUAAUAAACUGGCCGAAGAUCUCCGAGCAAGCCGACAUCGCUAUCAACAAGACAUGAUCCAACAACAGCGACGAUUUGAUGCGGAACGGUCGGUAUUUAUGAAAAGCAACGAGACCGUUAGAGAGCUAAAAGGUAAACUCGAGGAGAAGAACCGUACCUUGCAGUCAGGGAUACGAGAGUUGGAAGAAGAAGUCAGGACCUUGAGGCGAACUAAUGAACAGGAAAAGCUCCAAUCAAUUGAGGUAUACGCCAACCAAGUCAAUUCCCUGACUCACCAGCACAAACUAGAGGCAUCGAAAUAUCAGGAAGACAUUAGGACUAUGAGGACUGACCUGGAAAAUUUGCGAGAAACUGUCGCGGAGAAGGACGAGAGUAUAACCUCUCUUAAUAGGGCUAGGGCUGCGUUAGAAUUACAACUCGCUGACCAAAGCGCUCAGAUAGCAAGCUUGGCUAGCAAAGUGCAGAUUGGGGAUGUCAACGAGCUAACGGUGCUACGUAAAGAAUGCGACAGGUUAUGGAAAUUAAUUGAAGAAAAGGACGAUGAUCUUGAAAAGGAAGAGGCAAUGGCCCUGAGAGUAGAGAUGGAAAGGAUGAAGGCAGAGGCACCUCUCGCGGCCAACAAAGCAAAUCAGACUAUGACUGACAUGACCACUGGUACUGUGCAGCCGGGAACUUCGAGGGGCAAGCAAAGGCAAAUAAGCCCAUCUAUGCUUUCCUCUGCAUUUCCGUCUCGAAAUGUGCGUUUUGGAUCCGUUGAGGAGGUGGAGGACCAUGUUUCGCAAUACGCCUCUUCAUCACGAGUAGGUGGCCAAGGGACAUCCAAUUAUAUGACGCCAUCUUCAUCAUCCUCAAAAUCUGCUAAGAUUGACACAUCUCAUUUUGGACGUGAUCGCACCCCCCCCGUUCCACCGCCCAGGACUUACGGCAAAGGAAGAGGAGCAGCGUCUUCCCGAUCUUCCCGAAGAGCAGCAUCCGUAGAUCGCGCAGAACCCGCUACGCCUUCACAUUCACGUCUAGAUGAUAUUGACGAGGACUACUCUGAUGAUAUUCCUCCAGAAGUUUCCCGGCCUCAAACUUCAUCGUCAGAUCCCGAUGUUGCUCAAGCCCUACUCGCGGUCGCCGCCAAGAUUGGACAGAUGUCCGAAAACUUGACAGCGCUCCCGACUUUGUUAUCAACGCGACUGGGCCUAUCUGGAGGGACUUCUGACUGA